GUGGCUCCUCCCCGCGCAGGGCGGGUCCUGCCCUAGAGGCACGUUGUGUCGUUCGGGCGGCGGCGGGUGCGUGCGGGCUGUGUCGGACAAAUGAAGAGGAGCUGGGAAGAAAGACUGAAGAAAAUAGAAGAACUAGCAUCUUACUAUGAAAGAAACCCUCUUCCUCCAGUUUAUAAACCAACACUGUCCAAACCCUUUUUGCCAUCCCCUGUUUGGAAAAUAUUUUGUCGACAGGCUGAAGCUUUCAAUUAUGUAAAAACCUGCAAAGAGGAUGUUCAUGUAUUUGCCUUGGAAAAGAAUACACAAAGUGGACAGAGGUUUUACCUUGUGACAUCAUAUAAAGAGCUCUGGUUUUAUUACACCAAAGGUUAUAAAACAAGUCUUAUGCAUUGCUAUGAAGUAAUUCCUGAAAAAGAUGCUUGCAAACUUUAUUUUGAUUUGGAGUUCUACAAACCAGCAAAUCCUGAUGCAGAUGGCAAGAGUAUGGUUGCAAAGUUAAUUGAGCUUGUCAGCCAAAACUUAAAAGAACUUUAUGAUGUAAAUUGUUCAGCCAAAGAUGUCUUGAAUUUAGAUUCCAGUACUGAUGAAAAAUUUAGUCGACACUUAAUAUUUCUACCCCAAAAGGCUGUAUUUAAGGAUAAUAUUCAUGUUGGUAACUUUGUGAGGAGGAUUCUGCAGCCUGCCAUAAGGUUAAUAGAGAGUAACAACACUGCUGCUGUGAUUCCAGAAGAAGGAGCAGGACAUGUUUUCAAGUGUUCUGCAGAAGGAGUUGGAUCAGAUGGUUCUCUUACAAACCUCACAGCUGUUGGAGAUGUCUCCAAAGACUGGCCAGCCAUUGCUCACAAAACAAAGGAUAUGGAAACAUCACGCCAGGGAGAAAAUUUGGAAUUUUCUUUUCUAAUAGUAAAUGAUAAAGGUGGCAACAAGCAACUUUUUGUGGAUCUAGGAGUUUACACGAAGAAUAGAAAUUUCCGGAUGUAUAAAUCGUCAAAAGCAGGAAAAAAUGUGAUUCUGAAGAUAGCAGAGGAUAAUAAAUUUGUCCCUGAGUGUGAACAGAAUGUCACUAUGGAAGAGGCGUAUUUUCUUUCCUCUUUGGUCUGCAAUGUUAGAGUGAGGGAUGACACGAAAGUUCUGCCAUCUGGCUUUUCAGAGGAGAACGGGAACGUGUCUGCGUUUUUGAACAGUCAAACUACCAGAAGCAGUAGAGAUUCCAUGAAUGGUUAUCAGGAUUCACCAUAUCCAGAAAUUGAUUGUUUUGUUCGUUCUUUGGUUAAUAAAGAUGGGGUACAAGGAGGAAUACGGCGAUGGAAUUAUUUCUCUCCAGAUGAAAUACUUGUGUAUGAUAUUUCUGGUUACCGGUGGUGUGAAAAUAUUGGAAGAGCUCACAAAAGUAACAACAUAAUGAUUCUGGUAGAUCUAAAGAAGGAAGUCUGGUAUCAGAAGUGUCACGAUCCAGUCUGCAGGGAACAAAACUUCAAAUCACAAAGUUUUCCAUUACCACCUAGGAUCUGUCUCCCAUUUCUUUUCAAAGAGGAAGAAGAGUGUGAAAGCAGGACCACAGAAGUAAAGCCCCAUUCCAAUGUGUUAGACUUGUCAAAAAGCUCAGUAUCUCUAGAAAAAAGCUUGUCUCAAGGCUUCCUGUUGUCAGACAGUGAGUGGGACAAUGCAAGCGAUGAUGCCUGUUUCCUAGAAGCUACUGAAGAUGUGGAACUAGCUGAAGCUGCAAAUGACAGUCUGAAUUAUUCCAUGGAAGAAAUUCCUGAUGAAAUUCUUUUGGAAGCUUUAAGGAAACAGGACACCUGCAAUAAAGCAAGCAGCUAACCACCUACUUGGCUAGCAGAGUGCUAGCAGGGAAGUUUGCCUGUUGCAUGCCUUCAGUGAAAGGUACUGUGAUGUAGAUCAGAAGCGCUCUUGUAGAGCUAUAAGACAAAGAACUGAGUAAUUGCCAACAACCAAGUGUCCUCACAACUGGAUGGUCUUCAACAGGCAUGAGGAGAUCAUGGAAGACUAUAUGGGGGCUGAAGAGUACUGGACUGAAAACUUGGGAUGAAUGCUGCUCUAAGUUUAGCACUUUUAACACUCUGCUGUGUGGUUUCUAUUUUGUUAGUUGUAUGUCCAAGUUUUACUGACAAACCAGGGCAGACAGAUUUCUUCACUUCCAGAAACGGAAAUUAUUUAUUUCAAGUACACAAAUAUUUUUAUUGAAUUUGUAUCUAUGUAUUCUCUUUAAUAUAUAUAUAUUGCUUUUAAUCAAGAUCACAUGACUUUAAUAGCCCAAGAUUAAAAACCAACGUUGUUCACAGAGCACAGAAGCAUUUUACUACUAUAA